AUGGACCCCUCCCAGUCGUUGCUGCAGCGCGCCAAGUCGCGGCGGCAACCGGACGAGGCGCAGCAGCUGCUGCCCACGUGCCCCAUGGUGUACGCGAUAAUAGACGAAGCGAGUCUAGAAGAAGCAGCCGCUGCCAACGCCGCCGCCAACGCUGCCGCAGCCGUCGCCGCCGCCGCAGCAGCUGCUGCUGGUGGUGUCUCCGCCGGCUCCCCACGCUCCACUGAUGGUUCUGUUGGGGGGGCAGCGGUCGGGGGAGGGGGGAGCGUAGGAUCCGCGGGGUCUUUAAGAGGGUUGGGCGAAGGCGGAUUGAGUUUCGGGACAGGGAGUGGGAGGUCGGCGAAGCAGUCAUGGGAUCUAAGGGCGGGGGGAAGCGGAGGGGGAGGGGAGAGAAGCAGCAGCGGCGGAGGAGGGCUGCUUAAGAGACUAAGCAGCGGUAAGUCAGCAGCCAACGGCACAGGAACCAGCCUGGACGCCCCAGACCAAACCGGAGGGCUACUAGGCGGGAAAGGCGGCGCCAUGGAUUUCGCCAUGCUAGGCCCCGCAGGGGAAGGGCUGCAGAAAGCAGGCGUGCUGCUGCAGGAAGGCGGGGAGUUCAACCCAGCCAUGUUCCGCAUGAGGCUGCCGGCUGUGGAGGAGGGCACGCAGGUGAAGGUGCGGGUUUCGUAUGUGGAGACGAUGGGCGUGCGCGCGGGGCACAUCACUCACUCCAUCCGCUUCUGCACGUCUCCCUCCCCCCCUCCCUCCCCCCCUCCCCCCCUCACUCCCUCCCUCCCUCCCUCCCUCCCUCCCCCCUUCCCCCCCUCCCUCUCGUGCAUGCCCCAUACCCAUGUGGAGCACCAGGUGGUGUGUGAGGACGUGGCAGCGGCCAUGCUAGUGCAGGCGCCCUACGAGGAGGACCCUGACACACGAGCCAUCUUCUGCCUCUCCGUCUGCCCUCCCGACCCCUACCAACUGCCGGUGUACGGGCGGGCAGUGGUGUUCAUUCUCGACAGCCACAACGCCAUGCGCGGGCGCGCAAUGGAGGAGGCUCGGCGCGCAGUAAUGGCAGCGCUCAAGCGCCUGAGUCCGGCGGACAGCUUUGGCAUCAUAGCGUUUGACUACGAGCUGCUGGUGUUCGCCGAGGCCAUGGAGAGUGCCACUGCAGAGGCCGUCAAGAAGGCCAGCAAGUUCGUGCUGCAGGCGUAUGACACCGACGAGGCCUGCAACAUACUCUCGCCGCUGCAGCUGGCGUUGAAGAUGCUCAAGGGAGUGAGGGGCAUGUUACCGCAGAUAGUGCUGUUGAGCGAUGCAGCGGUGGAGGACGAGCGCUCCAUCUGCUGCUACCUGCAGGAGGCGCUGCUUGAGUGGGGACCCAACGCCCCCCGCAUCUUCACCUGCGGCAUUGGUCCCAGCUGCAGCUACUACUUCCUGCGCUGGAUAGCGGGGGUCAGCCGAGGGGCCACGGAGUUCGCCUUCACUGCUGACGAGGUGCGGAAAAAGGUGGAGCGGCUGCUGUUGGCAGUGUCCCGUCCUCUCAUCACCAACAUCACCAUCAGAGACAUGCCCGCCGGCUUCCAGCUGGUGCCCUUCCCCAUCCCGGACCUGUAUGCAGCAUGUCCGGUGGCGGUGUCAGGGCGGCUGGACGGGGACGUGCCUCUUGCGCUGGAGCUAAGAGGCGUGCGGGCUAAUGGCGCUCCCUGGAAGGCCAAGGUGCCUGUUGUUGAGGCCGCCACUCUGCCGCUCUCCACGGUGGGAAUACGGGAGCACACGGACCUGAUGACAGCAGAUGCAUGGCUGCGGCGCGACCCAGACCUCGAGCGAGGGGUGGCGCGCAUGAGUCAGACGGUGUGUGUGCCCAGCCACUUCACGCGCAUGGUGCUUUUCGAAACCAACCGGGCCAGCUACGACGCGCUGCAGCACGACCGCAUACAGUGCCGCCUUCCCCCCUUGUCUUCUUCUCACUGGAUCAAUCACUCAUCUGACAUCUAUCAUCCAACUUUUCACCCGCCGUUCCCUCACCACCUGCGCUUCCACCAGGGCAAAGACCUCAAAGUCCGAACCUACACCGACCCUCCCUCCGCGCCUGUCUCCAUAGUCCCGAGCCUCGUCAUAGGCCUGGGCGGGCCAGCGGUGGCUCAGAAGCAGACGAGCCAACAGCAGCAGGAGCAGCAGCAGCGCGGUCCAGGGGGGUUGUUGGGGGAGGUGUUGGAGGAGGAUGAGGAGGAGGAGGAAGGGGAUGUGCUGCUGAGCAGACAGGGGAAACCACUGGGGUUGCUGGGAUCGAUCAUGUCGUGUCGGCCUCAUCGUGCGACGACUGCUGCUGCAACGAAGCUAGUGCAGCUUCCCGGUUUGCGCCAACGGGGGGGUCUCCGCCCAUGCCUCCGCCGCAACGGCGCGCAGUGGCGCAGAGAAAGACCCCGGCGGGUGGCGGUGGCGGCCGCUGACGGCGAGGGGGCAGUCGGGGGCGGAGAAUCGGCGGGAGCGGAGGAGUCCUCUCCCGCGCUUGCCGCAGGGGCGGAAGCAGGCAAGGGCGAAGGGAGCAACAUGAUCAGCAGCAUUAGUAGCAACAUCAGCAGCGGCAGCGAGAGCGAGAGCGGCGGCGAUGCGGAGUCCAAGGAGUGGGAGGGCGAUCUACAGUACAUGAUGUCGUGGCAGUGGGAUGACGUGGUGCGCUUCUGGCGCGCGAGCGGCGCGUCGGAGGAUCAGAUCACGUCGGAGGAGUUCGAAUCGCUGCGCGAGUGGUGGAGCACGAGCGCGCGCUACUGGCAGCGCGACGGGCGGCUGGACGGCAAAACCCUCUGGGACGUCGUCGAGAUGCUGCGCCGCUGGGAGCUCGACGGGUGGUUUAGGGUUUUCGAAACGGCUAUGAGUCCGGAGAUGGAGUUUGCUUUAGAAUCGGUGGUGGAGGGGAAGGAGGAGACGUUCGUGGGGGAGGAGUGGAUGGAUCGACUCACUCCGCGCGGGAUCCGCGAGGCCAAUGAGCGGAGGCUGACGGGGGAUACUGGCGCGCGCGGGCUGCUGGGCGCAGGGGACGCGGGGGUGGUUGACGUGGGGGAAGCGGGGGAAGUGGAGGGGGAAGGGGAAGGGGAGGGGGAGGGGGAGGUGAGUGAGGAGGAGAGGAGAGGGGUGGAGCAGCGGUGGAGGGAGAUGAUGGAGGAGUCGAUGGUGCGGGUGCUGCAGGGCCAGACCGCCAUUCCCAACGGUGCUGGUGCUGCUGGUGAGAGUGGUGAAGGUACCACCAGUGGCAGCACGAGGCGCGCGAGGAGCAGCAAGUGGGUGGGGGCGCGGCCGGGAGACCUGCCCUCGCUGACGCACCGCCCGCCCCGUGAUUGGCCGCCGCCAGGCUGGCAGGUGGGCGCGGAUGAGCUGGCAGUGAUCCACGGGGCGGCAGGGGGGAAGAAGGAGGGAGGUAAAAAGGGAGAGGCGAGUGAGGAGGAGGAGGAGAAGGUGAGGGAGGAGCGAUGGGGGGUGUUUAUGAAGCAGUACGAGGCAUGGGUGCAGGCGAACAAGGAGAUCUUGGAUGACGAAGCUGCUGUUGCGGACCCCAUAUACUUCCCAGGGCGCAGGAAGACGGGCAACAAGUACCGCCCAGGACUCUACGAGCUACCGUUUGUGGAGGCGGGGCAGGUGUAUGCGGGGCGGGUGACGACCAUAAACCUGAACGAGGGCUGCUUCAUUGACAUCGGCGCCGUGCAUGACGGGUGGGUGCCGAUCUACAACGAUGACUGGUACGAGCUGCGGGAGGCGCUGAGCAUCGGCACGCCCGUGCUCGUGGAGGUCACGGCCAAGCGCGACCCCUUUCGAUUCCGCUUCCCCAUUGAGCUGCGCCUGCUCAACCCCGACGUGGAUGACUUGAUCUUCCGCCGCCAGCGCUACCCCCCACAUGCGCCAAUCUUUUCCCGUGAUGGUGACUUCAACCUCAAUGAACUUGCUGUGGAGGUGCGGCGUCCGAAGCUACCUUUGGUGAAGAGGGCGUUUUUCCCCAACCGGUGGGAGCGGCUGUUUGUGGAGGAGUCGGAGCAGCAGGAGGAGGACUUCCGGCACCCCUACAUCCAACACGUGGAGCGCAUACAGGGAGCAGAGCGCAUGCUGGUGGAGAGAGUGCGGAGGGGGGAGGGGGUCACACAGGAGGACGUGGCACUCAUGCUGCCCGAGCCUGCAGAUGCAGCUCUGGUGGAUCUAGCUGCAGCAGAGGAGGAGCUUAAGUGGGACGAAGAGGAGGCGGCGGCAGUAGCGCGGGGAGAGGUGGUGGACGCACCUCCGUCGCGCCAUGACGUGCUGAGGGCGUCCCUGGCGGCUGUGCAUCAGCAGCGCCUGCACGCCGAGCAAGACGCCGUCACCCGCGACCGCGCCGCGCGCACGGAGGUGGGGUUGCCGAUCUACGAGCCGGGGAGGGAGAAGCUGGUGCGGCAAAUAGGCGGUGGCAAGGAGGAGUGGUGGCGCUACAUGUCAUUCCUCUACACCGCAGUGGACCUCGCUCUCUUCCCCAACGGCAUUCCCGAUGAGACCGCUGCCAGGCAAGCAGCAGACGAAGCUCUCAUUGAGACUGUUGUCGGCUCUGCUGCACCCUCCUCCUCCUCACUCUCGUCCGCUGCACCCUCUGCUGGUUCUUCGGGAAGUGAUGGCGGUGCAGGCGACCUUUGA